AUGGGGUCCUGUGCGUCAAGACGAAGAAUGCAAGCGGAGGACCGAGCGCAGGAGAAAAUCGCCGAGUUCGUGCGGUAUGCUAUCUCAUCAGACCUCGUCAAGCUACGAGAGAUGAUCACCAAGGGCAAGAUGAAUCCAAACGCAAAGGAUCGAUUUGGAAUGAAUGCGAUUCACUGGGCGUCCUACGUUGGAGCGCUCGAGUGCAUCAAGGAGUUAAUCAAAGUAGGAGGAUCACCAACAGCAAUAGAUUCCAACGGCCGCAAUGCACUACAUCAUGCUUGCCGAAAAGAUCACGACGAGGUUGUGCGUUAUCUCGUUUCUAUUGCCAAGGUAGACAUCAACUCUCGCAGCGAAAACCAAGACACCCCGUUGCACAAAGCAGUCCGUGGUAAGAGCGUCAAGGUCAUGGAAAUGCUGCUAAACCUUGGGGCGGAUCCAAAUCUCCGAAACGAGUGUUACCGAAUGCACUGA